AUGUUUCCACUUACAUAUUCUAUCGUUGAUACAGAGGAUUAUGACAAUUGGUUUUGGUUUCUAGAUAACUUGAAGAGUGCUAUUGGGAUGGAUCAACCAAUCACAUUUAUUUCCGAUAGACAUGUUGGGCUAGUCAACAAUGUAUCAGAUGUGUUUCGAAAUUCCCAUCAUGCUAUUUGUGAGCACCACAUGAUAGAAAAUCUUAGGAAGGACAUGAAACAUAUUCGAAAUGAUGUUAAAAAGGCCAUAAUAUCUGCUUUCCAAGGUGCCACACGUUCAUUUCGGCGAGAGGAGUUCAACCUAAGAAUAGCAGACAUUCAAAAUUAUUCUCAAGAAGAAUUUACAUGGGUAGCUACAUCAACUCCAGGGCGCUGGGUAACUUCAAUAUUUAGGGGAAAGCGGUAUGGACAUGUUACAACCAAUGUAGCAGAAUCUUUCAACAACUGGAUUUUAGAAGCUCGAGAACUCCCAAUACUGCAAUGCCUUGAAAAAAUUAGGAAGCAAAUGACCCAAUUAGUGGUAGAGCGCCUUUUAAAGGCUCAAAAUUGGACAACUACAUUAACACCCUCUGUGGAAAAGAGUUUGGUAGCAAUUGUAAAGACUUCUAUCUCAUUGUGUAUGAUAUGGGUUUCAAAUGACGAGUUCGAAGCAAUUGGUGACCAUAAUAGCUGCACAAUAAACAUUAGCACACGAGAGUGUGAGUGUCAGGCUUGGUAG